AUGAUGCAUCAACAAGUUCAAUAUAAAGGUCGAACAAAAAAUAUUUCGAUUACCGUGAUUGAUAAUCAAGAAUUUGUUUUUUUACAAGAUGUACACGAUAUAUUUCCAAAAAUAACUGUGUUAUUGAAUGAUGAUAAUCCAGUUAAAUAUGAAAUGGACGACAAAGGCAAUCGAAUAUUACCAUUAAGAAUAAAAGCUUAUUUAUACGAUAUACUCACUGGCUAUUCACCAGAUGACAGUGAUACAAGUGCUAAUGACCAAGGAACAACAACACCCACGUUAUCAAUGGAAAUGGUAACAAAAACGAAGGAAACUUUGCUUUCUUUAUUGAAAAAAUUGUUAUUUUUUCUUAUAAUUAGUGGAUUUCAGUUGAAAAGUAAGUUUUUUUCUUCAACAGCAGCGGCUUCACCAGCUGGGGAAGAAGCAUCGGGCCUGCUUGAUGCGUUUGAAAUAUCGUCAGACGUUGUUGAAAAAGAACAUAACAUCACGGAUAAUGAUAUUGAAGAAUUGAAAAAAAUGAAUGUAGAAUUUCGUGACGUAGAGAAAUGCUUAUGUGUUCAACAAUCGUUGAGCGCAACAGAAAUGAAAUUAUUUUGUAAUGUUCUUGAGAAAGGAUAUGGAGAUGUUAAACAUUUAACGUUUCAAAAUUCUAUUGGAGAAGAUACAGAAACAAUAAAAAUAUUUUCAGAAAAUUUAAAAGGGAGCACCGUAAUAUUCACUGUAACAUUUGAUGCUCAAUUGAGAGACGAUGAAAUUGAAUCAGUGGUUGAUAUAUUGAGAGAAAAUGAGAAACUAGAAGGUGUGUUUAUGUACGGAGGUAUUUCAGAUAGAACAGCGGAGCUUAUGGCUAAUGCAUUAAUAAAUAAAAAAAUUGUUGGACUCCUGUUGGAUGCAGGAAAAGUAUCGUAUAAUGAUGAUGAAGAUACACAAAAAUAUAAGCUCGGCUUAAUUCAAAACAAAAUAUCUGAUAGAGGUGCAAAAGCUCUUGCAGGUGUCCUUCAGGCAAAUGAAAAACUCUCACAACUCAGUCUUGCAUUGAAUGAAAUAACGUCUGACGGAAUAAAAUAUAUUGCACAAGCAUUAACUUUGCAUGAAGGUUUAACUUCACUUGAUCUGUCUCACAAUAAAAUAUCGGAUGAUGGAGCCAUAGCCAUUGCUGAAGCAUUAAAAAUAAAUAAAUCAGUAGAAUAUCUUAGUUUGAAAGGUAAUCAGAUAGGCGAUCGAGGUGCAAAGGCUAUAGUUGAAAUGCUUUCUCAAAAUACGAUGUUAAAAUUUUUCCAUCUUGAAAAUAAUAAAAUAACGAAUGCUAGUGCAAAGCAUAUUGAAAAAGGUUUAUGUGAAAAUAAAACAUUGUCAAUGUUUUGGAUUAGUGAUAAUGAAAUAUCGAAUAGUGUUUUUAACGAGAUGCACGAAAAAGUAUCUCAAGUUAAUAAGGAUUUGUCGUGGUGA